UGCACGUGAGUGUUAUCCUGUGCUCUGCCCGCCCGCCGGUAAUGGCUAGCUCGCUUGAACCACGGUCUCGAUUCCCUCCCCACCGUAUCAAAUCGUCUUCUUGCCCUGCAACCUAUAUAAAUCCGGCCAGAGCACAUUUCCUAUCCAUCUCAUCUCACUCACACCGUCACACAGACACAGUUACACUGCUGCAGAUACUUCACUGCUACUGCCAGUUCACUUCCCUCGGAUCUCCGCCGAGAUGUCGACGGUGACCCGUGCCUACCUCGAUCAGAAGCUCGCCGCCGCCAGGCGCUGCUCCAGAGAGGCCGCCGUGGCGGGAGCCAAGGCCGCGGCCGUCGCCACCGUCGCUGCCGCAGUACCUACACUGGCGAGCGUGAGGAUGCUGCCGUGGGCGAGGGCGCACCUGAACCCCACAGGCCAGGCGCUCAUCAUCUCCACCGUCGCUGGGAUGGCCUACUUCAUCGUCGCCGACAAGACCAUCCUCUCCAUGGCCAGGAAGCACUCCUUCGACGACGCGCCAGACCACCUCAAGAACACCUCCUUCCACUAAUUAGCCCACAAUAGAUCCAUUAGUGGCGCGCAAUAAGAUACUCCCUCUGUCCGGAAAUACUUGUCGAAAAAAUGGAUGUAUCUAAUCGUAUUUUAGUUUUAGAUACAUUUAUUUUUACCCGUUUUCGUGACAAGUAUUUUCGGACGGAGGGAGUACUACUAUUACUAGUAGUAUAAUGUUCAACAAUUAUGUGACAUCACGCGAGGCUUGCAGACAGCGAGUGCUGUACUGCGCUGCUCUGCGUGCAGAAGCACUAAUCUCAUGUAUCCGUGUAUCCAGCCAGUAAUCUUGAAUUAAUAAUAAGAGUGAAUUCCAUUUUUUACCUUGUA